AUUGUCAGUCAGCAGUAAGGGAUCAGCGGUGCAUGAAAGCUGUCUGAGCUGCAGAUAUGGCUUUUUUCAAAAUAUUAGGUUUAGCUUACACAGUGGCACAAGUCCUAGUGCCAUGCCUUCCUCCAAUUCCUCUGUCCAGUGAAGUCCUAUCUACUGACAAGUAUUUAGGAAAGUGGUAUUUCGUUGGAGUGGCUUCAUGGGAUGACGAGGACAUUGCAAGCUAUAACACACUGGAUAAUUCAGUUGCUGAACUGAAGAAAGGUGAAAACAACACUCUGAUUAUGGUUGGAGCUUUGCAUCAGAAUGAUCAGUGUUUAAACAUGGCCUGGGUUUACCAUAUCAACCCAGAUCUGGAUCCACUCUUGACAGAGGGUCAGGAUGAAAAUCUUGGAGUGUUCUUGGAUGGAAGAUGGAUAAAAUGCUCCUCCUGUAUGCUUGUCGCCAAGCUUCAUCCCAAAAAUGGCUUUCUAAGAAUCAUGUUAUUUGCACGUAACGAGUCGACAGAGGACUUGGUGAACAACUUUAAGGCAAAAAUGAAAUGCUUCAGUCUUAUUGACAAGUUUUCAAUAACUCCACGGACAAAAGAGUUUUGUAAGCUGGAAGAAAAAAAAAAGCGGAGUGCUGACUACUCGUAGUGGCUCACCUGUGAUGAAGAGACUUCAGCAUGUACAAGAUGAAGAUCCUCUCCUGGAGAAGCAGAGCUGUCUACAUUUUAUUAGUUUGACGAUUUAGAGCUGUCAGAUUUACAUCAAUCAAAUAAAGUCUGUGAUUUUGUGGUGA